UGAGGCUUCAGUACUCGCAAGCACUUCUUGUAGUCAACGCAAUAAUGGGCUCGGAAAGCAAAUAUCAGCUGCCAUUCAAGCUGAAUAAUCCAGAUCUUCUUCACAACCUCUCUUUUGUGAAUGGUGACUGGGUGCAAGCAAAAUCAGGCAAGACAUUCGAAGUUGUUGACCCUGGAACUGGAAAACCAUGGAUCGAAUGUCCCACAAACGAUGCAUCUGAUGUUGAGAAUGCUGUUAAGAGCUCAUACGACGCUUUCCAGAAAUAUAAGAAUAUCAGCCCUCGACAAAGGUCACAGAUGCUGUUCAAGUGGGACGCUCUGAUCAAGGAAAACAGGGAAGACAUAGCAACCAUUCUUGUAUACGAGACCGGAAAACCGAGAGCCGAGGCGUAUGGCGAGAUUGAUUAUUCCACAGGAUUCACGUGGUGGUUCGCUGGAGAGGCUGAACGCAUCCAAGGAACUGUCUUUACACCUGCGCUCCCGAAUCGACGUGUCUUCACCAUCAAACAACCCCUCGGUGUGUCUGUCGCGUUAGUACCUUGGAACUUUCCCAUUGCAAUGAUCUUGAGGAAAGCAGGUGCUGCAUUAGCUGCCGGAUGCACAAUGAUUGUCAAGCCUAGUCCAGAAACACCGAUUACAGUGCUCACAUUGGCAUACCUUGCACAGAAGGCUGGUUUCCCCAAGGGAGCACUAAACGUGUUGACCACGGAUCUCGAUAAGACCCCAGAACUCAGUGAAGCAUUAUGUCGGCAUCCACUCGUAAAUAAGGUCACUUUCACGGGUUCGACGCGUGUUGGAAAGCUCGUUGCUAGGAUAUGUGCAGACAACUUGAAGAAAGUGACAUUGGAGCUGGGAGGCAACUGUCCUGUCCUGAUCUUUGACGAUGCAAACAUUGAGCAGGCUAUGAGCCAAAUCUUCGCCCUGAAAUUCCGUCAUGCUGGACAGGCUUGCAUUACCGCGAAUCGUAUCUACGUGCAGUCUGGUAUUUUCGACGCGUUCCUUCAGCGUUGGAAUGCCGAGACUCAAAGGCUUGUAGUUGGCCAUGGUGCUGACGAGAAGACGACAAUGGGGCCGGUAACGACACCACGAGGGAUCGAAAAGGCGCUUGCUCUCGUGGAAGAUGCAAAGAAUAAAGGUGCUAAAAUACACACGGGUGGCAACAAGGUUGAGAAGGACGGUGGUUACUUCUUCGAACCCACAGUCAUUUCUGGUGUCACACCUGACAUGGAUCUUGCUACAGAAGAGGCUUUUGCGCCAAUCUGUACAUUCAUCAAGUUCGACACGGAAGACGAGGCGGUAAAGGCUGCCAAUGAUACCAGCAUGGGCCUUGCCUCAUACUGCUUCACGAAGAACGUUGACCGGUUAUGGAGGCUGUUUGAGAACUUGGAGGCUGGUAUGAUUGGACUCAACACGGGAAAUGGAUCUGCUGCAGAGUCGCCAUUUGGUGGCAUAAAACAGAGCGGUUAUGGUAAGGAGUCCGGAAAGGAUGUCGCAGUGAACGAGUACCUCAUCACCAAGACCGGUACCUUCACGUUGGAGGAGCAGUAUUAGCCACCGCAAGCAUAGUAUCGUGCGACGCUUCAAGAUGUCUGUCUGGAGCACCGUCUUCGUGUUUGACCCUAGUUAGCUCCCAGAAACAAUGAUCGUAACUGU